AUGCAUAUGAGCUCGCUGACGGGGGUGAACUCGUAUGACUUGGUGAGUACGAUGCAGGAAUUGGGUAUCAUCAAGUACUGGAAGGGGAAGCAUAUCAUCCUGAGGAAACAGGAUUUGUUGGAGGAACACAGGGAGAAGAUGGAGAAACGGAAGGGUGAAAGACGGCUGAUAGACCCGACUUGUCUCAGGUGGAGGCCUUAUCAGGCACCCAAUCCUCCACCGUCCAACUCUUGA